UUACGACAUAUCUUAGUCGCAAACAUAAACAAACAUGGCCGUCGCAGAAACAGUACCGUUGUUGAUGAGAAUUGUGUCUUCCUCAGUAGCAGUGUCAUACAGAGCAGCAAAGAUUGCUCGGGAUGUUCUUUCAAAGGGUGACCUAGGAAUAGUUGAAAAGAGCGGCAAAAAUGAUGUACAGACAGAGGCUGAUAGAUCUGCACAGCGAUGUAUUGUGGCUUCACUACACAAGCAGUUUCCUAAGAUUGCAAUAUAUGGCGAGGAAGAGUUGGCUCCAACCACAAAAAUCCCUGAUGAUUUUAUAGAGCUAGGGUUUGAUGAAGAGGUGCUGAAACAUGAGUGUCCGAAGCAUUUACAGAAUAUCCCUGAUGAGAAAAUAGUUAUAUGGGUAGACCCAUUAGAUGGAACUAAAGAAUUCACAGAGGGAUUUCUAGAUCAUGUGACAGUGUUGAUAGGUAUAGCUGUAAAUGGUGUUGCCACAGCUGGAAUCAUUAACCAACCCUUCCAUGAUUAUGAGGCAUUUCCUAGAUAUGGUAAAUCCAGGUGUAUCUGGGGAAUUCUUGGUCUAGGUGCAUUUGGUUUCGAAAGAAAUGAGAAUUUAGAUGGUAGAAUAAUAACAACAACAAGAUCUCAUUCCGACUACACAAUUACCAAGACUGUACAGGCGUGUGAACCUUCCGAGGUUCUCAGAGUGGGCGGGGCUGGACAUAAGGUUUUGUUAUUGAUAGAGAAGAAAGCUCAUGCAUAUGUUUUUGCCAGCCAGGGCUGUAAGAAGUGGGACACUUGUGCCCCAGAAGCUAUUCUACAUGCCAUAGGUGGUAAAUUAAGCGAUAUACACGGAAAACCUAUACCAUACCAUGCCAAUGUUGUUCAUAAAAAUACAGGUGGUGUGUUAGCCACUGUUGAAAAUCAUGACUGGUAUGUUGAUAAAAUAAAGACAUUAGGUGAGGAGACAUUGGCAAAAUUCGAAUCAGUGAAGCCGGCGCCACCUACACUUGAAGCUACGUUAUCACAACAAAAAUUGAAUGUGACCCCAGCAGACAAGGUAGAUGGCAACAACAAGCAGUCACAGUGUGAUCAGGUAUCCCAGUGAUCUGCUUUGCUAGUACCAGACAUACUCAUUGCGCACCUGGACAUUUCUUCACAAGUCAUUUUUACAAUUUUAGUCAUUUCUAAAUGAUAAUUGCUUUACUGAUGUUAAGUGUCAGUCUUUUAUAGUACUUGUAUACUUUUAUUGUUUACAUGCUCAAAGGAUGCAUUUUGAUGAUAACUGUUAAGUGCAAAUAAAAUUUUCAAUGUGUAUCUAUACAUGUGUGUAUGUCACAGUUUGUGUGCCUGCACAGUGUAACUAAACAGAUGGACACAGUGUGUUUGAGUGGUCACCACAAUUCAAAGAUGUUCCUGUGUAGUUUUCUUGUAAUCUUACCUCAGUAUGGAGUGUAAUUGAUGUGAUACUUAAUAAAACCAGUUUCCAAAUUAUAACCCAUUCCACUCUACAUAAAAAGCAAAUGUUUUAUGCAAUUUUCACCUGUUUGUCUUCACAAAUAUGAAAAAUAAGUGCAACCUUUUACUUCCAGUUUAAGCAAGUGCCAUAUUUUGAUAAAGCAGCAAGUGAUGGCUGAAUUUCGUAUUCGUAAUUCGCAUAUCUCAGUCCAUAUUUAUGAAACUAUACAUCUUUACAUAAUGGCAUACUGGUUUUAUAUGAAAAUUAGACCAAGUGUCGGAUUCGGCUAAGUGUCGGAUUCGGCCAUGUUUCAUCUUCGACGAAGUGUCAUAUUCGACCAAGUGUCUUUCGACCAAGUGUCGUGCACCGAUCUAAAACAUGUCAGAUGAUUUGAUACAAUUAUAUUCAGAUGGAAAAGGCAUAACUGUCUGCUUUUUCAUACAGGUACGGGUAACUUAGAUACUUAUGUAACCCUGUUUCAGACCCAGAUCAAUCAAACAAAUAAUUUAUGGCAAUGUUGUUGUUUUUAUCAAGGGAAGUGAAUUUUUGGCGAAAACUAUUAAAUAUAGGAGUUACUGUUCCUAAUUUGUAAUGGUUCCAGCAGGAGAUACAAGGCAUUGUGUGUUUUUAUUACUGUCACAUAUUUAUGGUACUGCUUUUGAUUUUGUUAAAAUAUAACGGAAGUUGCGUUAUUUAAAUGUUUUUCCUGUUACUGGCAGUAUAGUAUUACAAAUACAUAUACUGGUAUACAUAAUUAUUGUCAGCAAAGGGUCAAAGUGAAAUAUCACAAAUUUUGUUAUUCUAUUACUUGUGAAAAUGUCUGUAUCAAAUUACACCCUUGUGUCAAACAGUAAAACACUAUGUUGGUUAAUGGGUGAGAUUAUCUUGAGUGCUUUAACUUCAUGUGUAGUGCAUAAGAUGUAUUAUUGAGAGGUUAGCACGAGUGUAAUUUGAAUGAUAAAUAAAACCGUUGAGGCCCACGUGGUAGAUGGGGACACCCAAUGUGUAGCCUCGUUAAAUAAAAUAUUAACUUACUUACUUAUUUACUUACUUAUUUGACAUAAAUGAAGUCUUCUUUGUAAUUUUAACAAUAUUAUGUUAUUACAUAGCAAAUAAAACAUAUAAUACAACAUGUAAAUUCUGUUUACAUUGUAAAAGACCAUGAAAAUCACUGAUCACUAACUCUAUGUAUGUAUCGUCCAUCAUUUGUAAAAUGUUUAGCUAAUUAAACAGUUGCAUUAUGUUAAUAGAUUAGCUUAGCAGCAAGUAUCAAUAAACUAUGUUUUGUCUGUCACUGACGGUAUCAUCAAUUAAUUUUCCUUUCAAGAAACUUAAACGUUUAGACUAGCCUCUAGACUGAUGAUUAAUUUAACUUUAUAGGAGUCAAAAAAGCAGUCAGUUCUAGAGAUUUACUGAGAUAAUGUUUGUUAUAUAGACUUACUUGAACUGUAUAAGUUUGACUUUAACUUCAACUGAAAGGUAGCCCGCCCGCUUAGCUCAGUAGAUAGAGCGUCGGUCUACGGAUUACUGGGUCGUGAGUUCGAUCCUCGGGUGGGACGUAUGUUCUCUGUGACUAUUUGAUAAACGACAUUGUGUCUGAAAUCAUUAGUCCUCCACCUCUGAUUCAUGUGGGGAAGUUGGCAGUUACUUGCGGAGAACAGGUUUGUACUGGUACAGAAUCCAGGAACACUGGUUAGGUUAACUGCCCGCCUUUACUUGACUGAAAUACUGUUGAAAAACGGCGUUAAAUCCAAAACAAACAAACAAAAUCAACUGAAAGGUAUAGACCGUGUAUGGAGCUUGUCUACUUAAAGAUGUUAUCAAGCAUUUCAAUGUGUAGCUUGUAUAAUCACUAGUCUGUCUACUUCCAUUCAGUGUUUAUAAAAUAUGUCUUUUGCCAGAUUCUGUGUAUCUGGAAUAUUCUUUUUUUGUCGAUUUCUGCAUAAUAAAUUUUACAUAUGUGAGGUUAAUUGUAUUGCACUCUCCAGUUUUCAACUCUUAACACAGAAAUCUAUUGGAGCCUUUAUAUAGCAGUACUGACUUAAAUCUUUUGUAAGUUUCUUCAAGAACACUGCUGAUUAAAAAGGGAUUUUUUUCACUUAAAUAUAUAUUAUUUAGACACAAAUGUAAGCAAUUAUUAUCAUUUUUUACAUAUUAUACUAUUGUUGUUCCAUUUUCAUCUUUUCAUUACUUUUACAUGUUAUUGUUUAUAGUAUUAUUUAUAGUAACAAAUUUCUUUUAUAUUCUGUUGACAGUUUUUAGAUUUUAUGCCAAAUUAUUGUGUCAAUGUUUAUGUAAAUAGUAAAUGUUUAUUAGGACAUGUUGUACAAUUUUUAAAAUUUAUUUGUAUUAUAUGGGUAAUAGGUAUGGAAUCACUCUAUAUUAAUAAUUGGUAUGGAAUUACACUAUGUCACUAUACUGUUUUGUAGAACACUGUCAUUUUGGCCAUUUUGGUUAAAAAUAUGGGUUACUGUUUUUAUAAGUUUGAUGUAGUGAUCGAUAAUAACAACAAAAGAAAUUGUCUGAAAGAAAAAGGAAUGAAUGAUCAAAGUAUUAGUUAGAAUGUUUUUUUGAGAAAUUAUUUUCAUUUGAAAGUAAGGUGACUCUGAGAUUUCACUACUGUUUUCAAAAAAACAUAUUUUUACCUCAGUAAUAUUUUUAUUGAAAAUUUAGUAUUAUAUAAAGCACUAUGUUGCCUUCAUUUUUGAGAGUUUUUGUUAGCAGGUGUGUACUUGACUGUGUUACAGUGUUAUUUCAUGAGAAUAGACGAAGGAAGAUAAUGUUUAAGUAUAUUUACAUUUUCAUGAUAAUGAAAAAUGCCAAUAUUGGCCAAUCUUUUAUAUCUUUGAAAAGCCUGGUAUAUUUAGAACGGCUGUAAGUGAAACAAAAAAAAAAGAGAAUUUUUAAUAGUAUCAACUUUUAUUAUGUAUUUUGUUAUAAUUCUCUGAUUGUGAGGAAAGAUUCUAUUGCUAGACAAAAUCAGACUAGAAAUGAGCUGCACCAUGAGAAAACAAGCAUAGUGGCUUUGCGACCAACAUGGAUCCAGACCAGCCUGCGUAUCUGUGCAGUCUGGUCAGGAUCCAUGCUGGUCGCUUUCAAAGCCUACUGCAAUUUAAAGAAACCGUUAGCAAACAGCAUGGAUCCUGACCAGUCUGCACAGAUGCGCAGGCUGGUCUGGAUCCAUGCUGGUCACAAAUGCACUAUGUUAGUUUUCUCAUGGUGCGGCUCAUUAAUAUGUUUUUGACUGGUUUUAAUACAUUGUACAUAAAUAUAGUUAAUAUGUAAAAUAAGGCUAAAGGACUGAACCAAAAGUUCAUCUGGCAUUAGUUACAUGGUCUGUCCCAAAAAAUUUUGACUAAGAUUUGAUUCCAGACUUAUUUUUUAUAGACCCAGCCACUGUGUAGCAAUUAUCUGUGUAACUGAAAGAAAAAAAUUAAGAAGGAAAAAUUUCUAAGAAUUAUUUUCAGAUGUGUUAAGGAUUAAUUCUAUGCUAAAAUUUAGGAUGUUUUUCUAGGGCUGUCCAAUAAGGCGUUGUUUUCUUUCUCCUAGGAACAUACAGUUGAUGAUGCUGUGAGAUUGGCUAGAAAACGUCGUCUUGACCAGGAAGAUUCAAAGCUCUAAAUGGACAUACUUGCUUUUUGUUUAAAAUCACAUCUGAUCCUAGCUGAGUUGUUAAGGUAGUUUUGCAUGUUUGAUAGGGUCAUACUUAUAAAUUUUAACCGAAAAACAUAGAAUUAAGCCUGGAUUCAGCAUACAGAAAUGAAUUAAAGACCUGUGAAUAAAUUUAUUACAAUGACACUGUUCCUUCUUUCUAAAGUUAAAAUGUAAUAUAAAAACAUCUAACACGUUAAAUGAUUCAAAAUAAUGUUUUAAAAUUAGCUUGAAAUGUGCAGUUUGCUUUAAUUAUAAUUGAGAUGUGGAACCAAAAUUUGUAGUCCUGUUUGGUGCCAUAUAACCUGUACUGUGUUGGUGUGCCGUAAAACCCAAAAUAGAAUAAAAUAAAAUCACUUUAAUUAUGGUCAGAUAUCUCAAAAAUAAGUACAUGGACCUAUACAUUUAAUUUCACCACUUUAUAGGCAAUAUGUUGAUUUAUAUAACUGAGAGACGUUCCAUCAAAAUCUACAUUGUAGAAAAAUUUCUAUUCCCAAAAAUCUUGUGAAAGAUGAUUUUGCCAUAGACUCCCAUUUAUAUGAAUAAUUGUGUGAGUCCAAAUUUUUCAAAUCAGUCUAGCAAAAAAUCAAGCUUGCGACCCAAUUUUUUUUUAUUUGCUGGAUUUUCUAAGUAUAUUCUGAAGUUUUGAAAAAUAAUGGUUUAAUCAAAUUCUACAUUGUAGAAAAAAUUUUCGUUCCAAACAUGCAGAACUACCUAAAGUGAUUAUUCUUUAGUUUGUGUAUAUUAUUAGCAUAUUCAGUUGGUAUUAGUGGUAUUAAAAAACUUUGCAUAAUGUUGUUGUAGACCCACUAUUGAUAAAAUUGUCCAAACUUGCUUAGUUUCUUUACAGCUAAUUUGAAAGCUAAAAUUCUGAUAAAAUGUAUUUAGCCACUUAACGUUGGCAAUUCUGGAUUUUUACUUUAAUUCCAGUUUAUUAAGUAUGAAAUUGUUUAUGUGUAUAAACUAUGAAGAAUUCCAUAAAAAGGAUAAAAAUGAGAGAACUUGAAUAUCGAAGUAUUUAAAAGUUAUAAAAAAAACACUGUGCAAUUUCAUUAGUUUACAUAGUCUUUUGAUGAAAAUCAUGUAAUAUGCAACACUUUUUAUGUUAAUCAUGUCCAUCUGGUAUCAAGUAUAGUUGAGUGAACUGUCAUUAUUUCAAUGUUUGAACUUCUUGAAUAACAUCUUUCUUUUGAAUUACAAUUAUUUGCUAAUUAAAAUCAGAAUGUAAGUUGUCACAUUAAAAAGGGACCAUUUCCUUCAAAAUUUUGCACUUUUUAUUUUCAGAUAUUUUUAAAUUAUAUUGUAGUGCCCCCACCCCAGUCACUGUACUUUAAUUGGGUUAGGGUAAAAAGACUGUUAAUGUAAACAGACCAAGGGCAAGGGGACUACAGUCAGGGGACUGAGUCCACCAUUUAAAAUACUACAAGGUUAUUCAUUGUUCAGGGAUAAACAAUAUGUUGACUAACUAGGGUCUGGUCGCGACCCUAUAGGCUGGUAGCGCCCAAGACAAGGCUGGUAGCGCCCAAUUAAGUUAAAAAGCUGGUAGCGCCCGAGUUCAAAUUUAUUUCAAAGUUUAAAAUAAGCUAAUGACAACGUUCCUUUCGGCUUCAAACA